AUGCAAUUGAAUUUGUUUCAAGUUGAAUAUUAAGAAUUUCAUGUUACAAAUGAUAGUAUUUAUACUCUGGCUAUCAAUUAAAAUCUAUAAUUACUUGCUUUCGGUGGAAAAACAGAAUAAAUUAGUAUUUUGGAUCUUACUAAUGAGUCAAUCUAUCAAAUUUUAGAAAAAACACACAAACUCCCAGUACUUUGUUUGAUUUUUUCAAAGAACAAUCAGUUAUUUUAGUUCGGUUUUGAUGAUUAUUUUGUAAUUUACAAUUACAAAAAUAAAUAAUUUGUUGAACCAGAGAUAAUAUAGACUCCUAAUAUAAUACAUAGAUUUGCAAUUUUAACUAAUAAUGAUGAAAGUAUUAUCUCUAUAGGAGAUACUAAUAUGAUUAACAUCUAUAAAAUUUCUACUCGAUAAUUAUAAUCAAUUAUCCUUCCUACUUAUAAUAAAUUAACAUGUAUUACUACUAAUUUUUAACAAAAAAUAGCAAUUGUCUCUGGAAUGGGAUCUCUUUUUUUUCUAAACAUUAACAAGUAGAAAAUUAUUUUUAAGGACUAAAAAUGUUCCUCCUUUUAUGUAAAAAUGUCAAAUAAUAAUUAUUUAUUUGCUGAGGGGCAUAGAAAUAAUAUAAAUAUUAAAUCAUCUAUUAAUAAAAAAUUGAUAAGAAAGCAACCAGGAAAUCAUAAUUUUUGUGUACUGAUUAUGAGAUUCACAAAAGAUGAUAAAUUUCUUAUUUCCGGAAGUAUGGAUUUUUCGAUUACAAUAUUUAAUGUUAUUUAAGGAGGAUUUGAUACUUAUGAUAAUCAUGAAAGUUAUAUUUUCAGUUUAGAAUUUUAAGAUUAAGAAGAAAAAGUAUUUUACACUGGUAGUAAAGAUUUUAGAAUAGGAAAAUGGGUGAGAAUGAAUUAUUGA